AUGCUCCCCCUUUUCUUCACCCUCGCAGCCCUUGCCUGGAUCGUCCACCGCGUUUCCCGAAUUCUCUCCAUCCCGAUCCCUACCCUCGUCAAACUAAUUGGCUUUGACGUCCCACUGCCUCCCAAGGUCUCCCUCGAUGCAGUCACAAAGGACUCAAUUACCUUGCAUUGGUUACCGGAAAAGGGCGGGAGUGUCACGAAACAUGUGAUCAGCAUGAACGGACAACCGGUGGGGGAGAGUGAAAAACGGGAGACGAGUGUGACGGUCACUGGAUUGACGCCAGGACAGGGCUAUGCUGUUCGUAUCAUUGCGGCGAAUGCACAGAAUUUUCAGGCACCGGGAGAAGUCAUCAGGGUUCGGACGCGGAGGGCGAGUUACAGUGAUGGGACUGCAUUGGAAAACGGUCAUCCGACGGCCACAACAGAGGACCCGGAAAUUCACGCACAUACUCACCCACGAACACCGCCUAUCGACGCAGUUUCUUCACCUCUGAACCGUCGUGGCCUCUUGUCCAACCGACGUUCCGUCUCCGCCUCCAGUGUCGACCCAGCAUCCGCCAACACCCCGCCACCAGAACCUGCCACGACCGAAACCAUCGAAUCCUUGACGGCCCAACUCGAGCAAAUUCGACGCGAAACAACCGAACUCGAAGCACAAAUCCAGCAUGUAGAGGAGGAACACGCGGUGGCAGAGGCGGUAUUGUUGGCGGAGUUGGAAGGGUUGAGGGAGAAAAAGAAGGAGGAGGAUGUGGCCAGGGGACAGUUAAGGACGGAGACGAAGACGUUGGAGGAGAGUAAGCGGAGUGUGGAGGCUCAUAAAACGCGUGCGGAGAGGGCAUUGAGGGGUGAGGAGGAGAGUGUGAGGAAGUUGAAGAAUGAGAUGAGGCGGCGGAAGGAGGAGAUCGAGACGACGAAGCAGCGGGUGGAGAAAAUGCGUGCUCAAACCGCGGAGGAGGACGUUCAGGCCGAGUCUCGUAUUAUCGAACUCCAAUCUGAGAUUGCGCAAACUCAUGGCCAUAUUGCUAACCUGGAUGCUCAUAUCCGCGAUUUGUCCGCACAGCUCAAGGACCUUGAGGCGCAACACUCCUUAUUAGCCGCGUCCCUUCCCGAGGCGGAAGCCAGGGAGCAGGAGCUGGAUGAAUAUGAGGAGCGGGCCUGGAACGAGAGACAGAGGCUUCUCGAGAGGCGUUACGUGGAAGUGUUUCAUCAAUAUUCUAGGGCGGAGGAAGAGUGGAAGAGGGCACAAGAGGCAAUCAGCCUGGCGAACGGCAACGGCUUGAACGGCGCUGGUGUCGGGAGGAGCGGGAGUCCCGCGAGUCCCGUCACUGGCGAGUUCGAAACCGGGAGGGGCAAGAGGAAGGGCGGGAGGAGGAGGAACAGAGGGAAUGGCAACUUGGUCGGCAAUGGAGCUGCGAAACUUGGGUACUACGGCGAUGGCGGUAGCGGCAUGGGCAUGAACGGCAGCGGCUACGGACGUCACCCCCCCAUGUCUGGUUACCCCGAGGACGAAGUCGCAAGCGAAAAUGGAGCCUCCGCACCACUCAGUCCUUCACUCUCCGCCCUCCUCCCCAGCAACCUCUUCGGACAGGAAGAUUUCCCACCAUCUUCUACACCCUCGUUUUAUGAUAUUAUGCGUGGGGUGUCGUCGCAUAAUAGCGGAGGUGUGGGUGCGUUGACGGGAGCGAGUGGAAGUCCGGUUAGUUCGAGUUCUGGGACGCCGUUGAGUAGUCCGAGUAUCUCGAACCAGAGGUUGGUGAGUCCGUUGGUUCCGCCUGGGCUUGGACAUGCGCCUGCUGCGGGUACUGGUGCGGUGGACAGGACUGCCAACUUCUCGCCGCCGCCGACAGUGGAUGCACAGGUCGAUAGGCAUAUUAGCCCGGUUAGCACAUUGAACGGUAUCCUACUUUCUCCGGCCAACGAUGCCGCUGCGGGUAAGAUCGGUUCACGCAGAUUCGGGAGCUUCUUUGGUCAUUCGCAUCAGAAGCAGGCGCCUGGUGUUGGCGUUUCGGAUAUGAAGAGGGGUAAUACUCUCCCGCCUAUCGAGCCGCCUGCGUUGGGUACACUCAGCCAGAAACACACCAGGAGUCUGCCGAAAUCCGACCUUGCGCCUAUCGGUACCAGGCCGAGGAGUGGAAGUGCUGCGAGCCAGACGAGUGGACCUCCCAUGGGUGUUUCGGCUGGGAACUCGCCUGCUGCUGUUGGUGAGAGGCGAGGCAGUACUGUUGGCUUGGGUGGCGAGAGGAGGCCGUUUGAUUCGUUUUUCGAUCCGUUGAGUCCGAGUCAGUUGUUGCAGCCUGGAAGUGCUAUCGGCAUGGACCGCUGGAGUACCUCUUCGUUGCCUAGGCCGAGCAUGGAUGGGUCGUCCUUCGGGUGGCCUGUUACUGGCGCCGAUGCCGGCGUGUUAGGCAGGAGUCCGGAGUUGACGUCGAGUGUGUUUAACCCACUUGACACUACUUGGAGUAUGAACCCUGCACGUAGCCCUGCGUUGGGUGGAGUGAGCAUGCAUAAUUCGCCGAUUGUGUCGAGUGUUGCGGUUUCUACUUCGGCUUCGGCGUCGCCUGUCGGGAGUAGUGCUACCUCUACGCAUUUAAAUCCCGAUGCUAGGCCAUUUCAGAGCUCGUUGCCUGGAUUGGGAGAGAAAGACUCCAGUCCCAGGGCGAGUGCGUUCGGUUCGGUAGCUAGCAAGAAAGCGAGGUUCUCCUUCAGCAGGCGUGGGAGUUCGAGGUUCAAUCCGUUCGGAAGUCUGAAGGAUGGGAUUUUUGGGCACAGGGCUGCGGUGGAGGUGCAUGAUGUUGAUGUUGAUGUUGAGAAGGGCGGGGAGCUGGAAGAUGUUCCUGCUAUUGACAUUGAUGACGAGGAUCAUGGUUACAGCGCCAAGGACUCUGCUUAG